UCCAAAGCGAACUCUGAAGGAAAAUGUAGAACCGUCGCCCACUUUCUUCAUUCUGGGUUAAUAUUUCUAUUCGAAAUGAAGCUCAUCACUGUCAACUUUCUGACCUGUGCUGUGAAGGGGUGCAAAACAGCAGCAGCAUCAUAUCCGCUGCAUUUUCGAGAUGCUGAAUUAGAAUUGCAGGAACUGGAGUUCCAGCCAGAGUUCAUACUCAAUAUUAUUCCUCGGAUUGAUUGGGAAGCGCUGCGAGUCAUGGCAAAUGAGCUCGGUUUUCCCAAAAUCCCAGACACUAAGCCGGAAGGUGAUGCGCUUAAUGAUGAGCAGCUUCUAAAGGAACUCCACAGGCUCUUGUUAGAAACACAGGUUGUUGAAGGAAGAUUGUGUUGUGGAAAUUGCGGCCAUGAAUAUAUGAUCAAGGAAGGAAUCGCUAACUUUCUUCUUCCCAGCCAUUUGGUCUAAAUAUACGAAGGUGUGAGUUCAAGUGAGCCCGGUCACUGGAACCCGAGAUGCCUGUCCAGGAAUCUGCUGGUCUCUUAUUGACAAAAAUAUUUGUGACCUUCCGUCAGUCGGCUUUGCAUCUACCAAAACUGCCAACCGGCUGUCAACUCUACGUAAACAAA